GCGGAGCGGCGGCGGCGGCGGCGGCAUGGACGCGGGCACCGGCUGGGGUUGCGGGCGCCCGGCUCCCCGCCCGCGGCCGCCGCACCCCCCGCGGCCCGCAGCCAGGCCGCCCCCGCGCCCGGCGCAACUUGCCGCCUCAGACCCGCGGUGAGGCGAGGCGAGGCGGGGCGGCGGCGGCGCGAUGCCUCCUCCGGCCGGCGGAGCCCGCGCGCUGCCCCGCAGCCUGUCCCGCCUGCGCCCGUGCCCCGGCCGCUCGCGCGUGGUGCUGGCGCUCGGGGCCACGCAGAUGGCGCUCGGCUGCCUCAUCGUGGCCGUGAGCUUCGCCGCGCUGGCGCUCACCACGUCGGCCCGCGUCCGCCACUCGUGCCCGUUCUGGGCCGGCUUCUCGGUGCUGCUGUCAGGACUCAUUGGUGUUGUCUCCUGGAAAAGGCCUCUCUCCCUCGUGGUUGCCUUCUUCAUGCUGCUGUCCGCCGUGUGCGUGAUGCUCAACUUGGCCGGCUCCAUCCUCUCCUGCCAGAACGCCCAGCUCGUCCGCGCCCUGGGAGCCUGCCAGCUGAUCAAGUUUGACAGCGUGGAGGUGUGCAUCUGCUGUGAGACGCAGCACCAGGCGGCCGGCUGCAGCAACCUCGGGGAGACACUGAAGCUGAACCCGCUGCGCGAGGACUGCAACGCCGUGCGGCUGACCCUCAAGGACCUGCUGUUCAGCGUGUGCGCCCUCAACGUCCUCUCCACCAUCGUGUGCGCCCUGGCCACCGCCAUGUGCUGCAUGCAGAUGGUGUCCACCGACAUCCUGCACCUGUUCCUUCCACACCGGGCGCAUUCCACCAGCCCUGCCUGCGUGACCCCACACGGCACCAUCCUCCACCAGACGCUGGACUUCGAUGAGUUCGUCCCCCCGCUGCCGCCUCCCCCCUACUACCCCCCCGAAUACUCCUGCACGCCCACGGCCGAGGCCCACAGGGGCCUCCACCUGGACUUGGCUCCCGCCCCGUUCGGCGCCUUGUACCACGUGGCCAUCAACAGCCCCGGCCUGCUCUACCCCGCCGAGCUGCCCCCGCCCUACGAGGCCGUGGUGGGCCCGGCCCCGCCCAGCCAGGUCCUGAGCUCAGCCCCGCAGGGGGCCCCGACCAGCUCCCGGGACCCGGACGCCCCCGCCGGCCUCUGCGCCCAAGACAGCACCAGCCGCCCCGGCUCCCAGGGUGGCGCCGCGCCCGGCCCCAGCCGCCCGGCCCCCGAUGGCCCCGCGGGGGCCCCCCCGCCAGCCCGGCACCCCGGCCCCGGCCGCCUGGCCCGCUCCACCAGCGACCCCACCGCGUGCUCGUCGGGGGCAGCAGUCUCCCGGUCUCGCUCCGCCGCGGCUGCCUGCGCCCACAGACACGCGCCAUCGCCACCCGGGCCCCCUGACACCCGGGAGCCGCAGCGGCGCGCGGAGCCCGAGGCCUCGCCGUCAGCUGCCAAACAGCGGCCGCGGUCCGUCGCGGACAGCAAGGCCCACGCGGGCGCCGGGGGCCUGGUGGCUAAGUUCCUGGGGCGCCCCAGCUGCCCCCUCCCCCCUGCAGAGCGCCCCGCGGAGGGGGCCGUGCUGGACCGGGUGUGAGCCGCCCCGCGCGGUGGACACAGACAGGCUGGCGGCAGGGCCGGCGGGAGCCCCCCCCCCCAGGAGGAACCAGCCCGUCACAUCCGGGGACACACGUCCCGCCCAGCCCAGCCGCUCCGAGGAGGACCGUCCGUCUGUGUCCGUGGGAACCCUGGUCUCGUCAGGCUGGGGCCGGCGACUGUCGAGGAAUGCAGACGCAGAGUGUUUCCAGCCGAGGGUCCUCCCGGUUUGGUUCCGGACGUGGCCAGAGUGGCCAGGAGGAGCUGCUUUCUCCCGUCCCGGCCCGCUGUGCCCCGGGCUGACGGGGAGGACCAGGCUGACAGCCGUUUCUUGGCUACAAGGCCCAUCGACGCCACCGUGUGCCCAGCACCCCCGGUGGGCAGCCGGGGCACCUCUGCAGCCACCAGCACCUCAACGGCCCUGCGCUGGGCGAGGCCGAGCGCCCCCGGGCCUGGGACCGGCCCCGCGGCUGCUGGGGGCGCCCCCCUGCUCUGUGGUCACGGCGGCGGACGUGAGAAGGGGAGCCGGGUGUCCAGCCAGUGAUGGUCAGCUGUGCACCGGGAUCGACCGGCCACUUCGUCCCGCCACCGAGCGGAGGACACGGCAGGUGCCGUUCAGCCGUCCCGGGCACCACGGGGAGGGUCCCUUCCCUCCAGCUCCCCUCACAGCAUAGGCGGGUCCCAGGCUGACGGGCUGGGCCUCCCCACGCCAGGUGACCCGGACGGUGGCCUCGGAGGGCAGCCGGGGAGAGCGGACAGGCUGCAGGAGACCCAGGUGAGGAGACUGGGGGUCGGCCCCGUUCCACACACUCCCUCGCACCCCCCCCGGGGGCCCAGGGGGCCCCACAGUCGGCAGCCUGUCUCCGCGCUGGGAAGAGGGUCCCGCUCCGGGGCCCCGGGCGGCGCGAGAGGUGAGUGCGGUCCGGCGCCUCGGCUCACAAACAGCCACACGGAGGACGACGUGGUUUAUUGGGUCAGCGGGCUCCUCAGUGGCGCAUGCACAGGUGGCACGCCGUGCCAGGGGACCGAGCGCGGUGGUAGCGGGUAAGGCUUCUUGUCACAGUGUAUCCCCCGUCACGCGGUCGCCGGAGCCUGGGAGCAGCCUAG